GAACAUUCGAGAAUACUAUACCUUCUUUACGUUAUCUUCGGAAAUAACUUUCUCCGUCAUUUCUGGCCUCUUUUAACGGGCACGCGUUUUGUCUUCUCUUCGGGCACAACAACCACAACGUAGUGCUACUGUCAUACUUCUUUCUUUUCCCAUCGUCUUAGGAUCACCUACUUAUUUUUCUCCAUACUACCCUAUUUUUUCACCGCCUCAUGAUCACCUUCGGGCGCGGAAAAAAGUCAAACCUUGGCUCUACAAUAGCUAGCACUUCUACACUAUUUCAAAAAUACUUCCACAACAUCAUUUCAAGAAUACUUUAGUACCCUGAAUAUUGUGAUACUUCUACACUAGCUUAUCCAACAAUCUAAUAGCCAGGGACAGCGGCGUGCCGCCGCGCAUCCCUUCCUAGUACCUCCCAAAGGUCGACUCCAAUUCGCCAUUUCUUCUUGGUUCUUCUUAUUUGCGAUGAGGUAUGCGUUUCUUAGCGGAUAACGUGUUGAGCUAUGCCCAAUAAUAGGAUGAACUUCGAUCUUUUCUUCCUUUUUUGAGGAUAAAGCGCUUGCUGCGCAACUCGUGUUAAGUUUUGUUUGUUGCAAAAACUACAAAAAAAAAAUGGUGUAUAUUUUUGUUAAAAAAUUAAAACGCUACCAAAAUAGGAAUUUAUCUGGUUUUAUGCUAACAAGUCGACUGUGUGAGACAGUCUCGCAACAUUCCAGGGGACGAUGCGUGCGGCGCCUCAAACUAACGACACUGCCAUGCACGGCCGGGUUAGUGGUUACCCUGUUUGUUUAGCAAUUCCAUUGGCAUCAUCAGGCAUUAGCAACUAAUCCAGGAAAGGGACAAGCAGCUUAAUUAAGCACGACCCAACAUUCGUGCAGACAUCCGGCCAUCAAGAUGACAGGAACACCAUUACCAAAGUCAUCUUGUAUGCAUGUGUACGGGCUAACGACAGUGACCCAAAGACAUUCGCAAAGUAGAAGCAGUUUUAAAGUUAUAUUUUUUUUUUGCUUUACACUUGUUUGGGUUGUAAAGAAAUAUAUGUAUAUAUAGCAUCAGCUGCAAUGUCAAGAGAUUCAGAAGACUCGGCCUAUCCUAGUACAGCUCGAUCAUCCUCUUUCUACCGCCAUCCAUCUGAGCUGAAGAGUGUCUUAAGUGCUUUCUCACUCACAUUUCUCUAACAGGAUGAGGAGCUCCAGCUACAUGUCAUUUGGUGUUGCCGUGAUCGUACUUUUGGUACUCUCGACGGCCAUGGAGGCUGAAGCCAUCCGACUGGACGCAGAGACCCGCGCAUCAGUCAGAAGCAGCAGCAGUAGCCUAAACAAACCAAUCGAGAAUGCUGUCAAGGGACCUGCUAGCUCGGCAAACGAGGCAAAGACGAGCGCCGUUGUUGCCGCGAAAGAAGUCAGGGCGGUGGCACACAAGCUGCCGGAGUUCCACGAGGACUACUACGGUCCGAGUGAUCACAGCCCAAGACACCACUGAUGGACAAAAAUUAUUGUCUGUUUAUUUUGUUUCUGUUUCAUCUCUGGAUGAUCGAUGUUUAGAACAGACUAGCUAGGCUAGAUAGUUGUAGAAUCCAUGGAAGCUCAGGCAGUGAGCACAUGGUGAUAGCGUUGAUGUACUAACUUCCUUA